GAGAACUGGCGGGAGGCGCACGAGCGCGUGCUGGCUUAGCUGCCCCGGCGGCGGCCGAGAAGACGAGGAGAGGGAGGAGAGAAGGAGAGGGCGGGCGCGCGGGCGGCCGCCGGGGAGGCCUGUGGUGCCGUCGUCACACGGCGGAACCGAGCAGACGGAGGGAGGCGCUGCGGCCGCUCGGGCUCGCGCUUCAGCCGCCGCCGCCGCUGCCGCUGCCGCCGCUUCCUCCGCGGCGCUGGGACAGAGCCCCCACCCCACCCCCCGGCCGGGCGGCCGGGCUGCGCGGAGAGCCGCGGGCGAGCCCGUUAUCAUGUCGCUGAGACAGCGCCUGGCCGAGCUGCUCGUUUGCCUGCGGGACCCGCAGAGAGUGGCCAGCUUCCAGCGGCUGUGCGGGGUGGAAGAGCCGCGGCUGGCAGGGGCAGACCCUCCGCCGCUGGGGGAGCCCGGGGCGGCCCCGGAGGCGAGGGGCGGUCGCAGUCGGGACCGGGCGGCCGUCCCGGAGGGCGACGGGGGCAAGAUCCGAGGCUGCGGCGCCAGGAACGGUGUGAGGAAUGGGCUGCCGGAGGCCGGCGCGGACCCGGCCACGGCCGCGGCCACGGCCACGGCGGGGGAGCGAGAGAGCAAGGCGACCCUCCAGAAUAAAGUGCAGGGUCUGAGGCGCAACUCCCUCACCGGGGAGGAAGGGGAAGUGUACGGAGUGCGGAACUGGUUCCUCUUCUACUUGUUCUGCUUUGGCACCGAGCUGGGCAACGAGCUCUUCUACAUCACCUUUUUCCCCUUCUGGAUCUGGAACCUCGAUGCCUUGGUGGGCCGGAGGCUGGUGAUCAUGUGGGUCCUGGUCAUGUACCUGGGCCAGUGUGCCAAGGACGUCAUCCGAUGGCCCCGGCCCGCCUCGCCGCCCGUGGUCAAGUUAGAGGUUUUCUAUAACUCGGAGUACAGCAUGCCCUCCACCCAUGCCAUGUCUGGCACAGCCAUUCCCAUCUCCCUUGUCCUCCUCACUUACGGCCGCUGGCAGUAUCCUCUUAUAUAUGGACUGGUUAUUGCCAUCUGCUGGUGUUCUCUGGUUUGCCUAAGUAGAAUUUACUUGGGAAUGCACUCCAUUCUGGACAUUAUUGCUGGAUUCCUGUAUGCUAUUUUUAUCUUAGCUGUCUUCUAUCCAUAUGUGGAGCUGAUUGAUAACUUCAACCAAACUUAUAAAUAUUCUCCACUAAUUAUCAUCAGUUUGCAUUUAGCCCUGGGGAUCUUUUCUUUUACCCUUGAUACUUGGAGUACAUCACGAGGAGAUACAGCUCAGAUCCUGGGCAGUGGUGCAGGAAUUGCAUGUGGAGCUCAUACUGCUUACCGCAUUGGUCUAAUGUCAGAUCUUCCUCUCGAUACAUUACCUUUAGCUGUUCCCUCCAUCACUGUGACUCGUUUUGGAAAAGUCAUAUUACGAGUUCUAAUAGGAAUGGUAUUUUUGCUACUUAUGAGAAUUGUAAUGAAAAAGAUCACCAUCCCAUUGGCCUGUAAAAUGUUUGGUAUAAAAAGUGAUGAUAUUAGAAAAGCAAGACAGUGCAUGGAAAUUGAACUUACUUAUCGUUAUUUAACCUAUGGAAUGGUUGGCUUCUCUAUCACAUUUCUGGUUCCUUGCUUAUUUUUCCUUAUUGGCCUUUCUUGAUGGCCUAUCAUUUAUAAAAAAAGAUGGUAGUAUGUGAGAAUAAUUCUGAGGCAAAAGUCAGAUCAAUGCUUUUGCAGGAAUUUUACUUAAAUAAAUAUUUAAGUGAACGUAAAGCAGACAGUGCUUUUUACCACCGCAUCUGGAUAUUGUUUUGGAGAAUGCUGAGCAAUUUCAACAUAGAGAAAGUCAUGGAUAUCCCUUAAGUAUGAUGUUGUGGGGUGUUUUAUUGCUAUUGUAUAAUUUGGGUUAUAGAUCUACAUAUAAUAUAUAUUUAUGUACCUAAUAUAUACUAUAUGUGAAUCUUAAUAAACGAUGGGGCUGUAUAAAUAAACAAAUAAUAUGCAUACAGUUAUGCCUUUGUAUUUGGAUUUAAUAACCCAGGUAUGUUGUGAUAGCCUGACAAAAAAAUUUCCUUUAUCUAGAAUGUGAGCCAUUUAUUAAUUUAAUUACAUAGUUAAUGAAAACAAAAUUAGUAUGCAAACCACUUAUUUGUUUAUUGCCUCCCACUACCACCUUUCAUGCUAUACUUGUUGAUCUACACAGGAGGCAUUUAAUGGACCAAAUUUUAAGUAAAAUUAACUUUUGCAUUCAAAACUUUUUGGUUUCUUAUUCUUUUAGUUCUGUGUACAGUGUAAAAUACUUUGGUUUGUAUUCAUUCUUGUUAUUUCUGACAAUUCAGGUACUGUAUUUUACUGCUAAUUAAUUGUGCCUUUCUGUUGCUGAAUUAAGAAAUGCCAUGUAUACUGUGAUGUAAAGAUGGGACUGAUAACUUUAUCUUCAAUGACAUAUAAUUAGGGAAAUAUUUUUUUAAACUUAUGCUGAGAAAAUUCUGAAGCGUUUAGAAGUAAACCAUACUUCACACAGUCACUUGUAUGUUAAUAAAUAGAAUGAACUAAACUUUCUCAGUGACUUAACAGCUAAUGGAUUAUGUAGUCUGUAGGGUUUUUUGGUUGUUAGUGCAUUAUAAGUUAUAGGAAGAAGUUUAUUUUUCUUCACUUUGUCUUGACUGUAUUGCAGGUUGAUAUUUCUAGCAGAUGGAAAUGUAAUUGAAAUCUAGACUAGGGCAGUUGAACAUUAACUCAGCUUCAUUUAUAACAUUCUUCUUAAAACUAUUUCCAAAGGCCUAUAGUUGACAGUAUUGAUCUUUUUUGGUUUAACCCAUUUACUAGUGACUUAAGACAGAAUAAAUAAGUUAAAAGAAAGUAGUUAAUAACUAUCUCCAGAUCCUAUAAUUUUUCAGUUUUUUUUUCUCUUUAUAAAAUUUGGAUGCAGUAUUAGGCUGUCAUUUAUUCUGUUUACUUUUUAUAGUUUGAGGUUUAAUUUCCUUUGAAAUUAGGUUAACACUAUUUCCUAGGAUUAAGUAUGAGGAAAUUACUACAUAAACAUCAAGAUAAUAUAUUGGUGAUUUUAAUGCACUAUCUGUACUUUUGACCCAGGAAUAGCUUUAACAAUCUUUUUGUUUUGAUAAAUAAUAGCUAUUGCAGCUUACUGUUAUAGUCUUCUAAUUGAGAACUUGGGUUUAUGGCAACUGGCCUAAAUUCAAUCUGUUAACUACAAUUUAGGCAUUAAAAUUUACAGGCACUGAUUGAUAGCUAUUCUUUUUUUUUUUUUUUAAAGUGAGGCGAUUGGGGUUGAGUGACUUGCCCAGGGUCACACAGCUAGUGUUAAGUGUCUGAGGCCAGAUUUGAACUCAGGUACUCCUGACUCCAGGGCCAGUGCUCUAUCCACUUCGCCACCUAGCUGCCCCAGAUAGCUAUUCUUUUAAAGAUGAGAAAGUAACUUUUCCAAAUUGUUGGUCAGAAGAAUGAGUUUAGGGGAAUGUUUUCUAUAGGUCUGUUCUGUACUAUACUAUGCAUUUUUAUCAAGUUUAAAACAAUAUUAGCUUGAAUAUAUUCAUUGGUUUUUUCCUAUCCUAUGCUAAAUUUAUCUAAAAAUAAAAGCCAAAUUUAAGAUUUUCUUCCUUCUACAGAUUUGUUUCUGCACUAUUUGACAAACAUUUUGAACAGAUGAUUCGAAUUUUCAUUCAAAAAGGCUUUUCCCCUAAACAGUCUAUAUGUAGCUCAUUCAAGAUUAAACCAUUAGUUUUUGUCAUUGUGAAAUCUUAGUUCUAGACUUAGAAGAGACAUCUGGUGAUCUAGUCCAACUCCUCUUAGAAAUUAGGAAACUAAGUUAGUCAAGAGUUAAUUAGCAUUUAUAUGGCACCUGCUGUGGGACAAGCAAUGUGCUAAAGGUUGGAGGGCCCGACUGGGGCAGCCUGUAAGGGUAAACGAACUUGUCACAGAGGUAGUAACCAUCUUUUUGGUGGGAAGUCAAGCACUUCCUUAACAAUCUAAUGGGUCUUCCUUUUAUUCUUUUAUAAUAGCCUUGCAUUGUAGUGAAAUGUAUUGUUUCAAAGGCACCCUUAAAACGUUUUCUUAGAUUUAUGAAUAACAGUUCCUGGAAUAAAUGUAGAUUUCUUCCCAAAAUUAUGAUUUUGGUAUUUGCAAUUGAUAUGAAUGCCAAAAUUAAUCAAAAUGCUGAGAAAAGGUAACUUUUCAAUAGAAUGAAACUAUACUGAGAUGCAUUUUUGGAAGAGUUAGAAACUAGUUCAUUUAGUAUCAUUGAAAAAUGAUAACUCAAUGCAAAGUAGUCCUUUAAGCACUUUCCUCACAAUAACCCUAUGAAAGUAGAUAGUAUGUAUAAACUGUAUUAUCCCCAUUUACUAAUAGAAAGAUAAGCUCACAAAGACUGAUUCAUCCAAGUGUAGUAAGCAAGUGGCAAAGCUGAGAUUCAAACUCAUAUCUUAUGACUUUAGAACCUGUGCUUUUUGAAGAAAUGCAGAAAACUCAAGAUCUUAUGAAAAUUAUUAAUUUUGUCUAUUUCUUCAUAAUGAGAAAAAAUAUAAGAUCUUUUUAAUUACAAAAAAUAACACUUAUCUUUUAAGGGCAAUAUAACAAUGUAUAUCCAGUAAAAAAUGAAAAUCUUCAGCAAAAUAUUUGACAAAUGGUGAGCCUAAUUCAAACGCAACCAACUAUCAUAAAUUACUUCAUACAUACUGUAUAUAAUUAAUGCUUAUCAUUAGAAAUACUUUGAGCUCUUGUUUUAUUACUCAAAGUCCUUUUAUUCCUGUUAGUGAACAUACAUAAAAAUCUUUUGGUCAGCUUAUACCAAAAAUAUUUUCAAUAUAGCUUUAAAGGUGAAGUAGUACUUUAGGCUUUCUUGCUGAUGAAGAUUUUUUUAAAACCUGAUUAAAGGACAUUUUAAGAAAAAGUGAAGAAACUUUUGAGGCAAUCUGAAAGAUUUCCAGGUUGCUAAGCUGAUUAGUUUGUCAAGUUUUUAAAACUAUUACAACUCCAUUCAGAGUAAAAUAGGUUACUUUUAGUUUUUUAAAUUGAAACGAGUUUUUGUACCCAAUUUUGAGUGACUACGUAAGAUGUAAAUAAUUUAGCACAACAAAAAGAAAUGGCACUAACAUGACAUUUUAAGGAGCACUUUUGGAAAGAACUAUAGAACCCUGUAUAGAAAACCCUUUAGGGUUUCAAAUAAUCUCUGCAUGUUGUAUUCUUUUUUCAUUCAGUAUAAUUAGAUUAAAAAAAAUAUCUUUGGAGACUUUUACAUUCAGUAGACUCUAAUGUACAUUGCAUUGUACAUUACUUUUUAUAACAUACUAAAAAUGUGAUUGUUUUUGUAUCAUGGAACUACAGACUAGAAUGCUUGGCAGCUCUCUCCUUCAAAGCUGCCUUUGCACAGAGCUUCUUCAUAUUAAAAAGUACCUACCUAGGGGCAGCUAGGUGGCACAGUGGAUAGAGCACCGGCCCUGGAGUCAGGAGUACCUGAGUUCAAAUCCGGCCUCAGACACCUAACACUUACUAGCUGUGUGACCCUGGGCAAGUCACUUAACCCCAAUUGCCUCACUUAAAAACAAAAAAAGUACCUACCUAAAAUGUCUUCUGUCUACUUGAGACAUGUCUGCUAAUAGAGAGAUGUGACCUGUUACUUUUGUCUCCUAAUAAGCCCUAGGAUCAGCUUCCUCAUGACUUGUACCUAUAAUUUUCUUCCAUAGGGACCAAAAAACUUGUAGCUAAAAGGUACACACAGGCAGAUGCUUAAUUUUGCUAUUAUGACAACUAUGAUUUUAUUUCUUUGAUUCAUUUUUGAAUCUCCUUGCUGGAAAGAUAUUUUUGCUUAAAGUUUCUUAUUAAGUAGACUAAAAGCUUUCUGCUUUUCCUAAAGUUACUUAAGGGGCUUUAGCUGUUUUCUCCUUGCAGAAUUCUAUUUAGCACUAUAUUCUCAGGAAUCUCUAGAACAUAUCCUCUGGGAAUGGCAAGGGAAUUCCAUAAUUGUUUUUUCCAUCCACUUUCCUCAUGGGAAGAAUAUUUUUAAAAAAAAUACAUUCUGAUAACCAGUUUCAUAUUGUCUAUAAUCUCAUUAUAAUUCUUUCAAAAUUGUACAAAUGCAGCCUAAACUUUUAAGAAAUUUCUGUAAUAUGUGUAUAGUAAUUCAUUGUUUACUCUUUAUUAACAAAUUAAGAAAGAAAUUCAAGGUAAUUAGCCAACCAAAAUGUUUUGGUUUUUCUCAAGUUUAUUAUACUCUGAUAUUUUUCUGUUGAGGAUCUGUGUGGAUUUGUUAUACUAGGGAGGUUUUAAAAAACCUAACCACAGCAGUAUUUAUUUUCAGAUUUGAGUUUUCUUUAUUCAUUAGUCUAAAUAGUUGACUUUUUCUGAUUUUCAGUUUGUAAACAAAUACUUCAAAUUAUGUAUCCAUCAGAUUUUUGUCACUUUGGGUAUAUAAAUAUUUAAGGGCUGACAGUGAUUCAGGUACUUAAAAAUAAACUGCAUGUAGUAAGUACAAUGCAUCUACUGUACAAAAUGUGGCUUGUAGCCAAAUCAGUUUUAAGCUAUUGCUUGUUUCCUUCAAUAUUUAAAUCAGAUCUACAAAAGAAAAAUACAUUCAAUUCAUAUGGGAAUAUAGCGGUACAACUUCCACUAACCAUAACAUAAGUCUUUAAAUCCCUUUGUUGAAUUGAAUUGAAAAUAAAAUCUUGUGGGGUUGACCAAUAUGCAAUAAACUAGUUACUUAAUAUAAAUUAAAAUUUUGGCUAGCGUGUCAUUUUAAAACUAAUUAUGUGAGUCCUAUACAAUACAGACUUAGAUUUUUAGUGAAGACCAAAACUGUACAUAAAUACACAGGAUUGGCAAUAAUUUGAGACUAUGAUGCCAGGUUGGGCUUUUUUUUCUUCUUCUUCUUUUGGUCCCAUGGAAAGUCAAAAGCUUCUAGGGCCCCAAAGCUAAAAAUUAGCCCUAUCUUCUGAAGAUACUUUUGGAACUUGGUUUGGCUUUUAGUUUGAAUGGUAAUAGAGUAGGAUCCAUAGGCGGGACUUAUCUUUAGUAGGCCACAGUUUCCCCUAAUACUAUAAAGACUGGCAACUUCCUUAAUGUCAUAAGGAAGCUAAUAGAAAGGAUACCUAAGAUGAUUUGCAGAGGAAAAAUGACUCAAAGGGUCAUUAGAACUCUAGAGCUUAUCUAGUUCAAUUCUCCUCAUGUUAUACAUGAAAGUGCCUUGAAAAGGUAAGUGACUUUCCCAAGAUCUCAUUAUGACCUGUUGAUAGAGCUAGUAAUAGAACCCAGGUCUCCUGACCUAAUCCAGUGUUCUUUCUCCUACACUUUAUGUCUGUACUUAAGUAAAUGGAGACAAAAUGAGUGCUAAAUCCCUAAGAGCUUCAAAUUUUAUCUUCAUUGGGGCAGCUAGGUGGUGCAGUGGAUAAAGCACUAGCUCUGGAUUCAGGAGGACCUGAGUUCAAAGCCAGCCUCAGACACUUGACACUUACUAGCUGUGUGACCCUGGGCAAGUCACUUAACCCUCAUUGCCCCCCAAAAAACAAACAAAAAAAAUCUUCAUUGUAAAUAUCAAUUGUUGAGAGAUUUCUUUAUUUCAAAAAGGACAUCUUAUGUUCCCAGAAAAUAAUGUAAUCAAGCAAAUAUUCCAUGAAAAUCAAGCUUAUUUAGUAUUCUGAUUUUUAAUAGAAAAUGUGGUAAAGCUAAAUAAUAGAUAUGAAGAAACUGCACUUCUAAUCCCUCACUAUUUUCUACAUUUUUUGUAACUUAAAGAAAUACACAUUUCCAAAGACUGAUCUUUCUGGCAAUGUAGAAAAUACAUUUAUUUCAAAUCUGCAGGAAUAACUAUAGUGUCCAAUUUUUUUUUUCAGGGCAAUGAGAGUUAAGUGACUGCUGGGGAAAACAUUGGUAAGGUAGUUAGAGAAUAGAAGAAUGUCAGAGUAAGAAAGAUAAUUAAAGGGCUACUGUAUACUUAGAAUUAAAAAAAAUAAUAAAAUUCGAGGCUCUUGAAAAAGAAGGAGCUAGAUGCUCUAAGGAAGAGUCAGAGUAGAGCCACAGAGCUUCGUUCAGUAAGGAUCAGAGAGGGGGCAGCUAGAUGGCGCAGUGGAUAGAGCACCGGCCCUGGAGUCAGGAGUACCUGAGUUCAAAUCCGGCCUCAGACACUUAACACUUACUAGCUGUGUGACCUUGGGCAAGUCACUUAACCCCAAUUGCCUCACCAAAAAAAAAAAAAAAUUAAAAAAAAAUGUACAAGUAAGGAUCAGAGAAAGAAGAGAGGAGUAGGUGCUUGUUGGGAGACUCUCUACUCUGAGGUAUGGAGGCGAAUACUUGUCAACCUGAUAAUAACAGGGCUUGUAUCAAAGACAUAGAGAAGCUUCUAAAACUUUUAAAAAGAGAUAACUACUACCAACUUCCAGUGAUUCACAUGGGCACAAAUUAUACUGUUCAAAGACAAUUUUUUAAAUCACCAAAGAUUGGGAAGUUGGGAGCAAUAAACUGAUAGGCGCCCAAGAUUUGUUUCCCUCACUGAUUCUCACCUGAUGGUGAGAGAUGGAGAAGAUAAACUGAUGUGGGAGGGGAACACCUGAUUGAGAAAGUAUUUGAGAAAGGCAUUUGGUAAAAUAGAUAAACUGUUGUUUGAUUUGAUUUUUAAAAAGAAAACAAUUACCAGUAUCAGAAAUGAAAAGGGUGAAUUUGCCACCAAUGAAGAUGAAAUAAAGCAAUUAUUAGGAACUAGUACAAGUGAAAUGGAUGA